CUCUACGACUGGUUCCACAAUAUGGCUAGUCGCCGUGCAGGCGGUAUCGUCUCCUGGGCGGCAAAGGCGGCCGUCCUAGGUCCACUCCUUUUCACGCCGGCGGGGGCUCAUGAAGAUGGCGUUAAGACCGUUGAAGUUGUUGUUACAACGUAUCUUGAUUUAGGUACUUGCAUCAAUGCAUGUGCUCCAGAGAAACACUUCAAGACUGCCGAGGAGAAGCAGUCUUAUGUGCAUCUCACUCUGCCAACUUGUCAAUCAGAGCACGCUACUUCAACGAAGCCCCCUAAAUGUCCCGUCUGCCCGGGAACUGUUUUUCAUUACGAACCUACUAGUGAUCAUUAUGUUACACACACAUCUACUGCCGAUUGGCAGAUACCUUCUGUCUCAACCAUUCAUCCUACUUGCCAUGGCUGUGAAGGAACUGUCAUUAUCUGCGAGCCAAAAGCUACUAAAUACCCCAAUCCAACGACUUUCAUAUGCGAAGGGGCUGACCCCAACGGUGAUCAAGUCACUAUUCCAGGCUGGAGUCCCGGGGAUCCCUCAACAGUCGUCAUCGGUUCUCAUGGUUUCACGGAUCAUCUCCUAACGGUUACCGUACCAGCAUAUGACAAAGAAGCUGAAGCUCCAACUCGUACCUAUCUUCCAACUGGUCACAAUGGAGUGCCUCAGCCCGAUUUUCACCCAAUUGUGGUUGUUGGCAACCCCGGAAGCGAAUCGAUAACCAUUACCGCUCCUGGUGCAAAGCCUGACGGCCCGCGAGUCACCUUGCCGCCGAUUGAGCCUGGUAAACCUCCAAUCGUUGUUAUAGAACCAUCAAAACUGUCAAACGGCCACAGUGAAGAACAAGGCCAUGCUCAAGAACAUGAUCACAGUGAGGAUCAAGGCCGCGAUCAAGAGCACGGUCAUCAAGAAGAACAAGGCCAUGUUCAAGAACACGGUCACAAUGAGGAACACGGUCACGGCGAGCAGCAAGGCCACGGUGAACAACAUAGAAAUGGCGAGCAACAUGGCAAUGGCGUGUAUCAUGGCCACGGCGAUGAAUCUGCCGGCCAACAAAGUGGCCUGCCUCAUGAUCCUCUCCUUGGUGUUGACAAAAACGCAGAUGGCAAGCCAGAUCUAGUUAUUUUGCCUGGUGGUGCCGUAGAUCUGAAUGGAGAUGGCCGGGCUGAUACUACCGUUCUCCCUCAUGGUGGCAUUGAUAUUGACGAGGAUGGGAGACCAGAUAUAUGGCUGUACCCUCAUGCAACCAAUGGCAUUAACACGUCACAACCUAUUGGAAAUGAUACUAUCAUUACCCAGCCUAUUGGAAAUGGCACUACUAUUACCCUUACUGGAAAUGGCACUAUCGUCACUCAACCCAUUGGAAAUAUUACUAUCAUUACCCAGCCUAUUGGCAAAGAUACUAUCAUUACCCUUACUGGAAAUGGCACUAUCAUUACAGAAGCCAUUGGAAAUAGUACUGUUAUUACCCUUACUGGAAAUAGCACUAUCAUUACUCAACAGCCCGUUGGAAAUGGCACUAUCAUUACCCAACAACCCGUUGGAAAUAGUACUAUCAUAACCCUUACUGGAAAUGGCACUGCCAUUACUCAACAACCUGUUGGAAAUGGUACUAUCAUUACCCUUACUGGAAAUGGCACUAACGUUACUCAACAACCUGUUGGAAAUAGUAGUAUCAUUACCCUUCCUAUUGGAGAUGGCACUACUAUUACUCAACCCAAUGGAAAUCACACUACUAUUGCCCAGCCUAUUGGAAAUGGUACUAUUAUUACUCUUCCUAUUGGGAAUAGCACUACUAUUACCCAACCCAUUGGGGGGGAUGGUGCUAUUAUUACUCAACCCAUUGGGAAUGGCACUGUUGUUACUCAGCCCAUUGGAAAUGAUACUAUCAUCACCCAGCCUAUUGGAAAUAGCACUGCUAUUACUCAACCCAAUGGAAAUAACACGACUAUUACCCAGCCUAUUGGAAAUAACACUGCUGUUACUCAAACCAUUGCAAAUAGUACUAUUAUUAUCCAGCCCAUUUGGAAUGGCACUAUCGUUACUCAACCUAUUGGACAUGGUAGUAUCGUUACCCAGCCCAUUGGAAAUGGCACUAUCAUCACUGGAGGCGCUCCCAUUACCAGUGGAUCUACCAUUAGCUUCAUUCUUCCAAUUGUGGGUCUGAGCGCUGGCACUCCGAUAGAUACAAAUGGCGACGGCGUACCAGAUGUUUAUAUUGGGCUUAAUGGUGCUGUCGAUCUUAAUGGCGAUGGCGUUCCAGAUCUCUUUAUUAACGUUGACGGUACCGUUGAUAUCAAUGGCGAUGGUAUCCCAGAUGCUAUGGUUGACCUGGAUGGUGGCGUGGAUAUUAAUGGAGACGGCAUACCUGAUGUCAGAAUCGUGUUUGUACUUGGUGUCGGAAAUGGCAUAUCUCUCAUUGGUGCACCAGUCGAUACUAAUGGUGACGGCAUACCGGACACUAUAGUCGGUGUUGAUGGUGGUGUCGAUGUUAAUGGAGAUGGAAAGCUGGAUAUCCAAAUUGGCCUGAAUGGGAACGUUGAUCUUAACAGAGAUGGCAAACCGGACACCAAAAUAACCCCUGACGGAGGCAUCGAUCUGGACGGUGAUGGCAGACCAGAUGUUUUCAUCCUCGCUGUCAUACUUCUUGCAACAUCAACGCCAAUCAUCCCACCAGGUACCCCUGUUGAUCUCAAUGGAGACGGAAAGCCCGACACAUAUGUUGGCCUGGGUGGCGGUAUUGAUCUCAAUGGCGAUGGAAUCUAUGAUAUCUUUGUUAACGCUCUGGGAGGCUUAGAUCUUAAUGGCGAUGGCAAGCCCGACUUGGUAGUCAGCCUUGGUAGCACUGUAAACCUCGGUCCUGGCAAACCAACUAUCACUAUUGGACUCAGCAAUCCUCCAAAUGUUACUGGUGGCAAUAACACAUCUGGAUCCAAUGGAACAGCGGUUACAGUACCGGCGCUUCUUGGUAACGGUUUCUCUAUUCCCGGACUUGGUGUCGACCUCAACGGCGACGGACAGCCUGAUACCUCCAUUGGCAUUAAUGGCGGUAUUGACCUAAACGGAGAUGGAAAGCCGGACCUGACUGUGAACUCCAACGGCGGCGUUGACCUAAAUGGCGAUGGUAUCGUUGAUACUUUUGUUACUUCGACUGGUGGUAUCGACACUAAUGGAGAUGGCAAACCGGAUCUCAUUAUUCUCCCGCAAAUCAACACUUGGGGAGAUGGAAACUCUGGCGGCUUUGUGCUUCCCGGGCUUGGAAUCGAUCUCAAUGGCGAUGGCCAGCCUGAUACAGUUAUUGAUCCUGGUGGAGGCGUAGACACCAACGGCGAUGGAAUCCCUGAUCUCUUUAUCGGAAUCAAUGGGCAAGUCGAUACUAAUGGAGACGGCAAGUCCGAUACUGUGAUUGAUGCCAAUGGGGGAAUCGAUGUAAAUCACACCGGCAAGCCGAGUCUGUCCAUUAUUGGAGUUGUUGGCGCCAUAGUCCCCAGCAACCAAACAGGCAAUGGCACCACAACCGGCACUGGUAACCUGCCCGACGUGAAGAUUAACGGAACAUCUAUUAUCGGCGCUGGCGUUGACCUUAACGGUGAUGGACUGCCUGAUGUUAUAAUUGCUGUCGGUGGAGGUAUCGACAUGAAUUUAGAUGGAAAGCCCGACAUUACUAUCUUGAAUGGUGGCGGAGUCGACACCAAUGGUGAUGGACAACCUGAUACAUUUGUCCUUCCUGGCGGGAUCAUUGACCUCAAUGGGGAUGGCAAACCUGAUUUGACCAUUCUGCUCGGUAAUUUACUUGGUGGUGUACUGGGUGCUAUCGGCAAUACACUUGCCCCUGUUCUCGCAAACAUAGGCGCUGGCACAUUUGUUGAUCUUAAUGGAGACGGCAAGCCAGAUACGACCAUUGGUAUUGGAGGCGGCAUUGACACUGACGGCGAUGGCAUUCCCGAUAUCAUCAUUGCUGCUGAUGGCCUCGUGGACCUUAACAGAGAUGGAAUUCCUGAUGUUAUCAUUGGUCCCAAUGGAGGCAUUGAUACCAACGGCGAUGAAAAACCUGAUAUCUUUGUCAUGUUUGGUCUCCUAGGUGAAUUAGUUUCAGGUCUAAUAGGCAACCUUGGCAAUCUUGGAACUCUUGGUAUCGCUACUGGAUUUCAAAUAGGCAUUGGCUCCCUCGUCGAUCUUAAUGGAGAUGGAAUAGCAGACACUGCGAUUGGUUCUGGAGGUCUCAUCGACCUUGGGGCUACCGGCCUUCUCACCGUUACUAUUUUGCCCGGGGGUGGCGUGGAUAUCAAUGGUGAUGGAGCACCCGAUAGCAUUAUCAGCCUCAGUGGAGGCAUCGACCUCAACCUAGAUGGCUUCCCUGAUAUCCAAAUCUUACCUGGUGUUAUUGGACCUGGCGGUCUCCUUGGUGCAAAUGGCACUGGUCUGAACCUCAAUAGCACUGGUCCUCUAAAUGGUACGAAUGUGACGGGAACUCCCAUUGUAGGAGGCAAUGGCACUAGUCCCGUUAACCUUGGGAAUCUCGGCAUCGGCCUUGGCAUUCAGAUUGGCUCUCCAGUCGAUCUUAACCUCGAUGGAAUACCCGAUACAGUAAUUGGACCUGACGGAGGCAUCGAUACCAACGGCGAUGGUAUUCCCAACAUUUGGGUCCAAUUUGGCGGAGGUGUUGAUUUACAUGGCAAUGGAGAUAUAGAUACCUACGUUACUGCCACUGGAGGUAUUGACAUUAAUGGGGAUGGAAUUCUCGACAUUUAUCUCGGAGUGGGAAUCAGUCUUGAACAUCAAAUAGGAGAAAGUACGGGGGGCGGCACUCUGCCUGGAGGUCCACUUAACAGUACUUUACCUGGUGGUCUCUUAAACGGCACGUUACCCGGUGGCCUACUUAACGGUACUUUGCCUGGUAACCUUUUAAAUGGAACUUUACCUGGCGGUCUCUUGAAUACCACAUUACCUGGUGGUUUACUCAACGGUACUUCACCUGCUGAUCUCUUGAAUGGAAUUUUACUCGGCGGCCUUUUGAACAGCACUUUACCUGGUCUUUUAAACAGCACUCUUCCAGACCUCUUAAACAGCACUCUGCCAGGACUGCUUAAUAAUACUUUAACUAGUGAUUUACAAAACGGCACUCUACUAGGUCUUUUAAAUACCACUCUCCCAGGCCUUUUGAACAGCACUCUACCUGAUCUCCUGCCAGGUCUCUUAAACGGGACUUUGUCAGAUCUUCUGAAUGCCACUUUGCCUGAUCUACUGAACAGCACUCUGCCUAGCCUUCUGCCUGGUCUCUUAAAUGGGACCUUGCACAAUGUCCUGCCAGGCCUUCUAAACGGCACUCUACCGGGUCUCCUUCCAGGUCUCUUAAAUGUGACUUUAUCAGGUUUCCUGAAUGCCACUCUGCCUGGCCUUAUAAACAAUACUAUACCAGAUCUCCUUCCAGGUAUCUUAAACGGGACUUUGCCAGGUCUUCUAAACACCACUUUGCCUGCUCUCCUGAACAGCACUCUACCUGAUCUUCUACCUGGACUCUUAAAUGUAACUUUAUCAGGUUUCCUAAACGCCACUUUACCUGGUGUUCAAAACGGUACUCUACCAGGUCUCCUAAAUGCCACUCUGCCAAGUCUCCUGAAUAGUACUCUGCCUGAUCUUCUACCAGGUCUCUUAAACGGGACUUUAUCAGGUUUCCUAAACGCUACUCUACCUGGUCUCUUAAACGGAACCCUUCCUAAUGUCCUCCCGGGUCUUCUAAACGGCACCCUACCAGAUCUCCUUCCAGGUAUCUUAAACGAAACUUUGCCAGGUCUUCUAAACACCACUUUGCCUGCUCUCCUGAACAGCACUCUGCCUGAUCUUCUACCAGGUCUCUUAAACGUAACUUUAUCAGGUUUCCUAAACGCCACUCUGCCUAAUCUCUUAAACAGCACUCUGCCAGGUCUUUUAAACGGGACUUUACCUAAUGUCCUGCCUGGUCUCCUGAACGGCACUUUACCUAGUCUCUUGAACGGUAGUUUGCCUGGUCUGUUGAACGGGACUUUACCUAUGGUCCUGCCAGGUCUUUUAAACGGAACUCUGCCAGGCCUCCUGAAUAGCACUCUGCCUGAUCUCUUGCCAAGUCUCUUAAACGGCACUUUACCAGGUAUCCUGCCUGGUCUUGUAAAUGGGACUUUGCCUAGUCUCCUAAAUGACACCCUUCCAGGUCUCUUAAACGGGACUUUGCCUAUUGUACUGCCAGGUCUCCUGAACGAGACUCUGCCUGGUCUUCUGCCAAGUCUCUUAAACGGCACUUUACCUAUUAUCCUGCCUGGUCUCCUAAAUGGAACUUUACCUGGUCUCCUAAACGGCACUUUACCUAGUCUCUUAAACGGGACUUUACCUGGUCUCUUAAACGGGACUUUGCCUAUUAUUCUGCCAGGUUUAUUAAACGGAACUCUAUCUGGUCUCUUAAACGGGACUUUACCUAUUAUUCUACCUGGUCUUUUAAACGGCACUUUGCCUACUAUCCUGCCUGGUCUCUUAAAUGGAACUCUGCCUACUAUCCUGCCAGGUUUAUUAAACGGGACGUUGCCUACUAUCCUGCCUGGUCUCCUGAACGGGACUUUGCCUGGUCUUUUAAAUGGUACUUUACCAAGUCUCCUAAAUGGAACUCUACCUGGUCUCUUGAACGGGAGUUUGCCUAUUUUCCUGCCAGGUCUAUUAAACGAGACUCUACCUGGUCUCCUGAACGUGUCUCUUCCAGGUCUCUUAAAUGGAACUCUGCCUAUUAUCCUGCCAGGUCUUUUAAACGGGACUCUGCCUACUAUCCUGCCAGGUUUAUUAAAUGGAACUCUGCCAGGUCUCCUGAACGGAACCCUGCCUGGUCUCUUAAACGGGACUUUGCCUACUAUCCUGCCAGGUUUAUUAAACGGGACUCUGCCAGGUCUCUUAAACGGCACUUUACCUGAUCUCUUAAAUGGAACUUUACCAGAUCUUCUGCCAAGUCUUAUAAAUGGAACUUUACCAAGUAUCCUGCCUGGUUUCCUGAACGGAACAUUACCUGGUCUCCUGAACAGCACUUUACCUAGUCUUUUAAAUGGAACUUUAUCUAUUGUCCUGCCAGAUCUUCUGAAUGGGACUUUGCCUGGCCUUUUAAAUGGCACCCUUCUAGGUCUCCUAAAUGGCACUUUACCUGACCUCUUAAACGGGACUUUGCCUGGUCUUCUAAACGGCACUCUACCUAGUCUCUUGAACGGGACUUUGCCUAGUCUCCUGAAUGGGACUUUGCCUGGUCUCCUGAACGGCACUCUGCCAGGUCUCCUAAACGGCACUCUACCAGGUAUCCUGCCAGGUAUCCUAAACGGAACUUUACCAGGCCUUCUACCUAGUCUCUUGAACGGGACUUUGUCUAGUCUCCUGAAUGGGACUUUGCCUAGUUUCCUAAACGGCACUCUGCCUGAUCUCCUAAACGGCACCCUUCCAGGUCUUCUAAAUGAAACUUUGCCUAGUCUUCUGAACGGGACUUUACCAGACCUCCUACCUAGUCUCCUAAAUGGGACUUUGCCUGGUCUCCUGAACGGCACUCUACCUAGUCUCUUGAACGGGACUUUGCCUAGUCUCCUGAAUGGGACUUUGCCUAGUUUCCUAAACGGCACUCUACCUGAUCUCCUAAACGGAACUUUACCAGACCUCCUACCUAGUCUCCUGAAUGGGACUUUGCCAGGUCUUCUGAACGGCACUCUACCAGGCCUUCUACCUAGUCUCCUAAAUGGGACUUUGCCUGGUCUCCUGAACGGCACUCUACCAAGUCUCCUAAACGGCACUCUACCUAGUCUCUUGAACGGGACUUUGCCUAGUUUCCUAAACGGCACUCUACCUGAUCUCCUAAACGGAACUUUACCAGAUAUCCUGCCAGGUCUCCUAAAUGAAACUUUACCAGGCCUUCUACCUAGUCUCUUGAAUGGGACUUUGCCUAGUCUUUUAAACAGCACUCUGCCUAAUCUCUUAAACGGGACUUUACCUGGUCUCCUAAAUGACACUCUGCCUGAUUUGGUAAAUGGGACUUUACCAAGUCUCCUAAAUAGCACUCUACCUGAUUUAGUAAACGGGACUUUACCUAGUCUCCUGAAUGGCACUCUGCCUGGUUUAGUAAACGGGACUUUGCCGGGACUCCUAAACAGCACUCUGCCUGGUUUAUUAAACGGGACUUUACCGGGUCUCUUAAAUAGCACUCUAUCUGGUCUCCUUAACGUCACUGGUACUGUCCUUAACGGCACCGGCGAACUGCUCAAUGGAACUCUAUCCGGUCUUAAUAGCACCGGUACUAUCCUUAAUGGCACUUUAUCUGGUCUCCUAGGAAAUGGUACAACUGGUACUGGUAUUAACCCAAGCUUGCUUGGGGGUCUUUUAGGGAAUGAUACUGGCAUUAGCAAUUCGACUGGUGGUCUCCUAGGUGGCCUGCUCGGUAAUGGUAGUUCAAUGAGCACUGGAGGCACGGAAAUUGGUCCUGGCCUGCUUGGUGGUCUGCUAGGAAAUGGCACAACAGCUACUAACAACACCACUGGCGGUCUCCUUGGUAGUGGUCUUCUAGGAAACGGCACUGGAACAACUGGCAAUUCUACCGGUAUCCUAGGUGGUGUACUAGGAAACAGUACUGCAACAAUUGGAAACUCUACUGGUGGCUUGCUCGGCGGUCUUCUAGGCAAUGGCACUGCAACAACUGGCAACUCUACUGGCAAUAGCACUAGUGGCCUACUUGGUGGUGUCCUAGGUGGAAACGGCACAGUAGGCUUGAAUUUGACAGGUACGAUUGGAACUGUCACAAAUGGAACCGAGACCAGCGAUCCUACCGGUCUUCUUGGCGGCCUUUUGGGAGGAGGUUCUACUGGAGCAAAGGGAACUGGAAGCACCGGAACAGCUAGCGAAAACUCAGGUCUCCUAGGAGGCCUUCUAGGAGGAGGUUCUACGGGGUCAACAGGCACAGGAAGCACUGGAACAACUGGUGAUCUCCUCGGCGGCGUCCUUGGAGGGGGCAAUACAACAAGCACAGGAGGCAUGACUGGAACAACCGGAAACUCUACUGGUCUCCUAGGUGGUUUACUAGGAAGCGGUACUGCAACAACUGGAAACUCUACUGGUGACUUGCUUGGUGGUCUUUUGGGAGGAACCAAUAGUUCAGCUGAGAGUACUGACAUAUCUGGUAGUCUUGGAAUAACAGGAGGUAUUAACACAACUAGCAGCGCUACAAGCGGCGGCGGCCUCCUCGGCGGAGGUGCCUCUACAACGACCGGCACCACUGGGUCGACUGGUUUAACUAGCGGCACUGCAGGUGACGGUCUGCUUGGGGGCCUUUUAGGCAUUAACUCUACAUCAGCAGGGGGCACUGGCGUCCUUGGUGGUCUUUCAGGUGGAGGCACAAGCUUAACGGGCACCACUGACACAACCAACUCCACUGCUUCCACUGGAAGCAGUGGUGGUCUUCUUGGAGGUCUCCUAGGCAACGGUACAACUGGUACAAACAACUCUACUGGGCUUCUUGGCGGUCUUCUAGGUGGAGGAACUGGCUUAACUGAUACAACCAAUUCAACUGGUUCUACCGGAAGCACUGGUGGUCUUCUUGGAGGUCUCCUAGGAACAGGCACCGGAUCUGCAGGAAUAACUAACACAACUGCCCCCACCGGUUCUACUGGUUCAACAGAAACUGGUGACAUUCUCGGGGAUAUUCUAGGAACAGGAGCCACAGGCACUACCAACACAACUGGUACUACUACCAACUCAACCGCCGCCACUGGCAGUGGCCUUCUCGGCGGCCUCUUGGGCGGAGGAACUGGCACAACGGGCACAACCAAUUCCACUGGCACAGCAACUAACACAACUGGUGUAACCAACUCUACCGACUUGACUGGAACCGGUGGUGUUUUUGGUGACCUCCUAGGCACAGGUUCAACGUCAACAGUAACCAAUUUAACAGGCGCUUCUGGAGGCACUGGAACUGGUCUUCUAGGCGGUCUUCUAGGCGGCGGAACCGGUUCGACGGGCGCGACUAAUAUAAGUGAUACAACUACAACCAAUACAACUGGUUCUACUGGUACUGCCGGUGGCCUUCUCGGCGGCCUCCUAGGAACAGGGACUGGUACUGCUGGUACUGGCUCUACUGGAGUAGCUAACGCAACCGGCGCAAUUAAUUCAACUAGUUCAACUGGCACUGGUUUAACUGGUACCACUGGCGGUCUUAUUGGCGGCCUUCUAGGCAAUACUACGGGAACAACCAAUUCUACUAGCACGGCGACCAAUUCAACAGGCUCUACUGGGAGCUCUGGAACUGGUGGUCUUCUCGGCGGUCUCUUAGGAACAGGCACCGGAUCUACAGGAACAACAAACACAACCACGCCUGGUCUCGGAAUAUCACUUAAUGGGACCUUAAGCCUGGGCAACACCAACGUAACUGGUAUUGGCUCUACUGGGGUAACUAACACUUCCGGCACAACCAAUUCAACUAGUUCUACCGGAACUGGUGGCAUUCUAGGCACGGGCUCAACAUCAACAGGAACUACUGGUACUGGCCUUCUUGGUGGCCUCCUAGGCAAUACCACUACAGGGGUCAACAGCACUACCGGUACAACUGGUACUACUGGCACUGGUCUCCUUGGCGGUCUUCUAGGCAAUACUACUACAGGUAUAAUUAACUCUACUGGCACAACAACCAACAUCACAACUGGCGCAACUAAUUCUACUGGUACGACCGGCAGUGGUCUUCUCAGCGAUCUUCUAGGCAAUACCACUGCAGGAGUAACCAACUCUACCGGCACAACUGGGACAACUGGGACAACUAAUUCAACUGGUACGACUGGCACUGGGCUUCUGGGAGGUCUCCUAGGCACAGGCAACCUCACCAAUACCAUCGGAACCACAGUCACAGUCAACACGACCACGCCUGGUCUCGGAAUUUCAAUCACUGGAUCCUUAGGCACAGGCAACCUUACCAAUACCACUGGAACCGCAGUCACAGUCAACACGACCACACCUGGUCUCGGAGUUUCAGUAACCGGAUCUUUGGGCCUCGGCAACCUUACCAAUACCACUGGAACUGUCCUCAAUACAGGAGCAACAGUUUCCACCAACGUUACGGGUACAAGCAGGAACACCACAACUACCGGUACUGCUGGUACCCUCACCAACAUCACCGGUAUCCUCACAAACAUUACCGGCAUCCUCACAAACAUCACCGGUACUAUCACAAACACCACCAAGCCAGCAGGAACAACAACAACUGGCCUUCUGGGCGGUGGUCUCUUGGGCGGCCUCCUAGAAAAAAUCGUCAUGCUGAAGGCCCUCUUACUGCAGACGCAUUGAGUAUAUUGAGCUUAGAUAUGGGAGGAAAAUGGGAAGGGGUAAGGGGGGAUAGGAAAAAGAAAAGGAUAAGGGGUUGGAUUGGGUUGGAUUAAUGAUUCACGGGAGGGGAAAGUCACCUAGAGAUUUCAAAGAAAGGGGACUGAUUUUUUCUUUUGUUAUUUUAUGAUUAUCAUGUUUCUUGUUUCUCUCUUCUCUUUCCUUUGUCCUCUUUUUUUUUUUCAGUUUCUAAAAUAGUAC